GGCGCACACGGGUGCGUCCCUGGCCGUCGCACUACACAGAUGGUGCACUGGGGGGACAGACUCCCUCAGGCCCACGUCGGUGGCCAGGUGCGGCCUCUGCAACUGGGAGGGUACGACGACUGUCGUCACUCGGGAGUCAGUUGGAUCUACCGGCUUCACCGCGACGAGCUGAUACGGUAUCUCGAGGAGAACCAGCUGCCUGCCACAGCGAGCGACACCGUGGCUGACAUGCGCGCCCGGCUCGUUCAAUUUAUACGCGAGGUCAGUGACGUCUCGUCUGGUGUUCCGACGGCGCAGCCCACACUGGAAAAACCUUGGCACCAGAGAACGCUGAGGCCUCCCCUCGCGCCAAGGCCAGAUGCGAGUACCGAGCGACUCGCAGACCGGGGUGGACGUGCGUCCCACUGGGAGUCCUCAUCUUUUGUCUCCACUGAAAUUCACUACUGGGAUGUGUUCAUGGAGAAGCACUGGAAGAGUGUCGUGUCACGCUCUGUGUGCGACUAUUUCUUUGAUCAGCAGAGAAAAGUUGGUAGUCCUGAGGACAUGCCUCCUGUGAUAGCCACGCCCCACCAUUACUUGAUCAGUAUUCAUCGAUGUAGCAUGUUCUUUGUUGCAGUCUGCAUGACUGAAGUUCCUCCUCUGUUUGUGAUUGAGUUUUUACAUCGAGUUGUGGACACAUUCGAAGAUUACUUCAGCGAGUGUACGGAGUCGAUAAUCAAAGAACACUACGUAGUGGUCUAUGAGCUUUUGGAUGAAAUGUUGGACAACGGUUUUCCAUUGGCAACAGAGUCGAACAUCCUAAAGGAGUUGAUUAAACCUCCUAACAUUCUGAGGACUAUUGCUAAUACAGUUACUGGAAAAUCUAAUGUAAGUGCGAUUCUUCCCAGUGGCCAGUUGUCUAAUGUCCCAUGGCGUCGCACUGGAGUCAAAUACACAAAUAAUGAAGCAUACUUUGAUGUGGUUGAAGAAGUGGAUGCUAUUAUUGACAAAGCUGGCUCAACAGUAUUUGCAGAAAUUCAAGGAUAUAUUGACUGCUGCAUAAAACUAAGUGGCAUGCCAGAUCUGACAUUGUCAUUCAUGAACCCUCGCCUCUUUGAUGAUGUCAGUUUUCACCCAUGUGUCCGGUUCAAGCGGUGGGAGUCUGAAAGAAUAUUAUCAUUUAUACCACCAGACGGCAACUUUCGACUAAUGUCGUACCACAUUGGUUCUCAGAACAUAGUAGCUAUACCUGUGUACAUCAGGCAUAACAUAUCAUUCCGCGAGGCAGGUGGUGGGAGACUGGACAUUACUGUUGGUCCCAAACAAACCAUCGGCAGAACGGUGGAGUCUGUGGUGAUCGAAAUCCCGAUGCCAAAGUCAGUGUUGAACUGCAGUCUCGUCCCAAAUCAAGGCAAAUACUCGUUUGAUCCGGUGAGCAAGGUGCUGAUGUGGGAUGUUGGGAGGAUCGACACGGCCAAGCUGCCAAACCUGAGAGGAACAAUAAACCUACAGUCUGGAGCAGCUGCUGUGGAAUCCAAUCCUGCCAUCAAUGUUCAGUUCACAAUCAACCAGCUAGCCGUCUCUGGUCUGAAAGUGAACAGACUGGACAUGUAUGGAGAAAAGUACAAGCCAUUCAAAGGAGUAAAGUACAUAACAAAAGCUGGCCGUUUCCAGAUUCGCAUGUAAUCAAAUGCUGGCUGGUGAAAUUCCACAUACCCUGUUACUCAUAUUGAGACAUGGACAAGCACUUCUGUAUUGUUUUUUUUUUUUCUUAUGUGUAUGGAUUAGCGUAAUUUUUAAACUUAUAAUCCGUUGCAGAGCAAAAGCAUUUGGAUAUUCUGGGCACUUAGUUUGUACAAAAAUAUAUUACUACAUAAAACACAACACACAAUUCACAAUUGCUUUAUCUCCCCAAAUAAUUUAUAUUCAUUUAAAGCUAAUAGUUGAUAAGUGUAUGGUGCAAGACUAGCUUUUCAAGUUUCAAGAGAGCGAAGUUUGUGUUAAAUGAGAGUAAGGGAUUACAGUUUGUUGGCAUUUCUGUUUUAUAAGCAUGCUUUGAGUUUAGUCAUUUGAAUACUUGAUACAAUUGUCCCAGAUGAUCUUUCAUGUGCUGUUUUUCCUUCCAUCCUUCCCUUCUGACUGAGGUGAUUAAAUCCCUGGGUUUCCAGGUAUCUUCAACAUUGACACAUAUAUUUUUACUGUUUCUGGUGCAAUAAAAAAAAUUGGAACGAGUC